GAAAGAGAAGGAGAAGAAGGAAAAGAUGAUGAUGAUGACGGGAGAGUUAUGGACGAGCUUAAGCUCAACAGCCGCGGCUAUAAUGUUCGGUUGGGCUCUUUUCCAGCAAUACUUUCCCUACCAACUCCGAGAAUACUUCAGUAAAUAUGGCCUUCAAUUCGUAACCAUUUUCUACCCAUACAUCCAAAUCACCUUCCAUGAGUACACCGCCCAGCGCUUCAAGCGCAGUGAGGUCUACUCCACCAUCGAAGCCUAUCUCAUCUCCAACUCAUCCAAGCGCGCAAAGCGUCUCAAGGCCGAUGCUGGUAAGGACGCUCGCAACCUUGUACUCAGCAUGGAUGACCACGAAGAGGUCACCGACGAUUUCCAAGGCAUCAAAUUUUGGUGGUCUUCCAACAAAACCGUCACCAAGACUCCUUCAUUCUCUUUCUAUCCGGCCUCCGACGGUUCGCGCUACUACAAACUCACCUUCCACAAGCGCUACAGGGAAUUCGUCACUGCCACUUACCUCAACCAUGUCAUGGAAGAAGGCAAAGCUGUCGGAAAGAGAAACCGGCAGCGGAAACUCUACACCAACAACAAGAGUGAUGACUGGUACGGCUGGAAGAAAACGGUGUGGAGUCAUGUGGUGUUCGAGCACCCUUCCACGUUUCAGACUCUGGCGAUGGAACCCGAGAAGAAGAAGGAUAUCAUGGACGACCUCAUUAAUUUCAGUAAGAGCAAAGACUACUACAAGAAGAUUGGUAAGGCUUGGAAGCGAGGCUACUUGUUGUACGGCCCUCCCGGAACUGGCAAGUCUUCUAUGAUUGCCUCCAUGGCUAAUCUCUUGGAUUAUGACAUCUAUGAUCUCGAAUUGACGGCCGUGAAGGACAAUACGGAGCUGCGGAAGCUACUGAUCGAGACUAGUAGCAAAUCGAUCAUCGUGAUUGAAGACAUUGAUUGCUCUCUUGAUCUAACUGGUCAAAGGAAGGAUAAGAAGAAGGAGGAAGAGGAUAAAAAGGAAGGGGAAGGAGUCCCAGAAGCCGUUAAAAAGGAAGAAGAGAAGAAAAAGGAUUCGGAUAGCAAAGUAACUCUAUCUGGGCUUCUCAAUUUCAUUGACGGGCUCUGGUCGGCCUGCGGAGGAGAGAGGCUCAUCGUGUUCACCACAAACUAUGUGGAGAAAUUGGACCCAGCUCUCAUAAGGAGGGGUCGGAUGGACAAACACAUAGAGAUGUCGUACUGCAAGUACGAAGGGUUCAAGGUGUUGGCCAAGAAUUAUUUGGACUUGGAUUCACACCCUCUGUUCGAGACGAUUCAUGGAUUGAUGGACGAAACCCAGAUCACUCCGGCAGACGUUGCAGAGAAUUUGAUGCCCAAAUCCUUGGGGAAAAAUGCCAAGGAGGACUGCCUGGAGGCACUGAUCCGUGCUCUCCAAGUGGCUAAAGAAGAAGCGAGAGUUAAGGCCGCCGAGGAAGCAUUAGCAGCGGCAAGCAGAGAGGAGGGGCCUUCCGCGACUACCAAACAAGCACAAGACAAGGAAUCGUCGUUGACCAUAAAUGAAGACAAAGAGGCCGAGUCGACCCAAUUGGUAAAAAACAAUACGGAUUAAAGAGAGAAUCAGACCGGACCAACUACCACUAGGAACUCCAAACCGUUCCUGUCUUGCCGUGUUUCAAUUUAGAAUGUGUGGAUGCAUGUUAUAUUGAAUGGGCUCAA